AUGCCGAAGCGCAAGAGAGCCGCACAGGCGUCGCCUAAAGCAAAUUCGGAAGAAGACGCUGCUAAGGCCGCCACGGAGCUCAAGGAGAAUGGCGACGUGGCACCACUCAAGGACGACUUUGAAGUUCCUUAUGCCGACAAGACCAUCACUUGCGAGAAGCAUGGCUCCCAGGACAUCGCACCGUCGCUCGUCUUCACCCACGGUGCCGGAGGAGGACUUGGCGCCGCAGCCGUACAAGACUUCGCCAAAGGCUUCGCCGCGGUCGCGCCCGUCAUAUGCUUCAAGGGCAACAUGAAUCUGAAGUCGAGAGUCAAGAUGUUCCAUGCUGUUGUGGAGGAUCAAGACCCAGCAAAAGCCCUGGGAGGCCGCAGCAUGGGCGCACGCGCUGCUGUCAUGGCCGCUGUCGAGCUUGAAAAGCCUCCGACUGCACUGGUGCUCAUUAGCUACCCGCUCACUGCUGGAGGUAAGGAGCAGAAGAGGCAGCCAGAAGGUCGGGAGCAGAUCUUGGUAGACCUGCCGGAGGAGACAGAUGUGCUGUUCGUAUCUGGCGACCAAGACUCGCAAUGCGAUCUUGAACUCCUGGCCGAGAUCAGGGGCAAGAUGAAGGCGAAGACAUGGCUUGUGGAGGUGAAAGGUGCAGAUCAUGGCAUGACAGUCAAGCCGAAAAGUGCUGUUCAGUCCAUUGGGUUGAAGACGGGUCAGAUCGCUGCGGAGUGGCUGAGCAGCAGAGACGAGUCAAAACAAUACUGCCAGGUUGCGUGGGACGAUGAACAGAGCGCCGUACUAUGUGGAGAAUGGCAGGAGCAGAGCGUCUCUGACGAGGAGCCACCACAGUCUCAGCGAAAGAGGAGGAAGAAAUAA